ACUUCAAUGGAUUCCACACACUCAGAGGUUAUCUUUUUCUUUCUUCUAUCAUGAAGAACUCAAUGUCAUGUUUUUCAUUUGCUCUUCUUUUUACUUUUCUCUUAUCUACGCAGGUCUUAACUCACAAAAUACCAGAUAAUGUAGAAGAGAGAAUUCCAGCACAUAGUAACGUUGCAUGGUCUAAUGAGUUAGAAGGUUCAACAAGUGGCUCAAUUGGUUAUCAUCUUCCCAAUGACUACUUUCAAGAAGCUAAUCCUUCUUUGGUACCUAACACUAAAAAGGGUCACUAUACUAUUCGUUUGGUUGGCUAUACUCCCAGUGACUAUCAACUUGACAAAACAAUAAUAGAUAUUAAUUUUCCGGGUGGUAGAAUAAAUUUCCCUUGGCCAUUUACAAGUUCUAUGUUUGUGGCACCAAAAACUGAAGCAAGCCCUCUUUAUACUACUACUACUACUUCAACUAGUUACUAUCCUGCCAAUCAAUAUCCAUCAUACCUCGGAGAUACUGAGAAUCCUGAAAAUAGAAGAAUGGUGAGAAAUCGUAAAUUUAUGAUGGAGCCUUCAGAAGUUAAUAGAAAGACUUCCAACAUGAUACAUGGCGGUAAAGGAUAUGGAGACAUUGAUGAGGCGACAACAACCUAAUACCAACCUAUCAAUUAUAUACAUAUGUAACCAAAUAUAUAAUAAUAUCGAUAUCGGGUGUCUUACGACUUAUUUAUAUAUGAAGCUACUAUUUGGUUAUUAUGCUAUGCA